GCUCAGGGUCAGGACACAAUGGUCCUCAGGCUCUCUUGGGGGGCAUCCAAGGGAGCUCAGUAGAGAACACCUUAUCGCAGAUCCGUCCAGUCAUAGGACCAGACCAUAAGAGCUACUACAUCCUGCUGCGAGGAAAUGAGGACUCCUUCAUGUGCAUUCAGCCUGCCAAAGAUGUGAUUGAUAGCUUGGACGACGUUGUAAAAAAUGUGGUGAACAGUGUGAAAUUGUCAAAACUGUCACAGGAGAGUGAGUCUCCUCCUGUGGUCAAAAAACCAAGGUACAGCCAGGGGAAAACUUACAAAAGUACAAACCGCCAGAAUCUACCCUCCACUAAAAAUAAUGGAGUACUUAAUUCCCAUGUCCAGAUCAGCGAAGGAGACAGAGCGGAGGCGUCCACGGGGCUCGAGAACUUGCUCCUGUGCAGAGUGAGCCCCGAGGAGACAAAUAAUGUGGUGGAAAAUGUUGUACUUAACCGCAGGGUUCAAAACAUAAACAGUGAACAGCAGAACAAGAUGGUGAGAACUAGUAUGUUACUAUAUCCUCUAGUGCAAAAUAGUAGACUAGCGCAGGGCAGUGCAGUUCGUGCUAAUAGUAAACAGAAAACCAGUUUGCUUUUAUCAAGUGACUCCGUGAAUGAGCUGGAUGACCCGUUGCUCAUUCCCUCAGAAAGUGAUUUGAUACAGAACAUUGCUCAAAGCUGUACGGCAGUUAGAUUAAGUGACCAGAAGCAAGAACUAGGUAGUUUAGAACCUACAGAGCCUGAGCUCUGUGAUCCCUCCGAAUAUGUGACAACAGAAAUUAAAGAUCUAAACAGCAUACUUCCUCCCCCCGUAGGACAGAAUCCUUCACCAACGGAACUCUGUCUAAUUGCAAGGGAAGGAACAUUGCUUUCGGAGGAAGAGAUCACGUCGCAGAUUAAAAACAUGAUUGAAUCUGAGCAGCUGGUGGUUGGGGAAGGCAAACAAAUUGUUGUGAUCAGAGUGUCAGCAAGGGAAGCUGUAGUAAAAAUAGUGGGCAGUGAAACGGAAUCUGUCAACAACAGUGAGCAACAGGAAAUGAGAGAGGCAUCGGAGACUUUGCAGCAUGAGGAGCAGGUGUCAGAAAUGUCAACAGUAGUGAAGGAGGAAGAUCUCUGCUAUGACCCAGAGGUUGUGAUUGCCAUGAGGAAGGAGUAGAAUAUCUUUUGUCUCCAUACCAGGGUCUCAUGUCAAAACGAGAGGUGGAGAGUGACGCUGACUACGUGGUGGAGUCAUUCAUUGGCCCCUCUCCAACACCUCCCUUGCAGGAAUCCCCACAGGAUGAGCGACUGGCAUACCAAAUUGAGGAGGUCACUGCCACUGGGGCCACAUCUAUAGGUGACCCCCUCAUCACGGGAGCUGAGAAGGAUGACGGGGAGAUUGUCGUGUUCCAGAGGGAGGACGGGGCGUUUGUGAAUCAGGACGGGACUCCAGUGUCGAGUGAGCUCCAGUACCUAAUAGCUACAUCACAGCAGGACUUUGCCCCCUCACUGGAACCAGUUGACCACUCAGACUCCAUCUUCGUGUCUCCAGGAACCUUUGACCAUCACCAUACCAUUGAUGUCAACACGGGGCUGUAAAGACUUCCCCUUUGCAAGUGUAAUCUCAACAAGGACAUCACAAGUGGUGCAUUGUGAUGAGUUUUUCAAGACCAGAAAAUUGAAAGAAGUUACUAAAAAAAAGAAAAAAAAUAUAUUGUGCAUAAAUGUGAAUAAAAGAGGAAAACAGGAAAAAUUGUAGAUUUUUUAUUUUAUUUUUUCAAGUUAAAUGAGACCCAUAUAUCAGUUAAACCCAUUUUAUCUGUGAAAUCAGUAAUAAUUUGUGGUCAGAAAGAAGAACCUUCCUAAAGGCAACCAGUUAAGCUAGGAGUGAAAAGACAUUGAGUAAUUUUACAUUCUACUUAACAGAAUGCAUGAAACAUAGUGAAGGCCAUUAUGGCCUUACCUUUUGAUAUUCUCAGGGCCCACAUUCAUGGCGGUUCAGUUGUAUAACUAUGAUAUUUUUGUGGUCUGAUGUAAUAGUUUAUGUGGAAUAAUUCAGGGCAAGAGUCUGCUGAAACACAAGCUAUUUAUUAAUAGGACUUUAGGAUCUUUUUAGACAUAAAGAAGUGGCUUGCAGGAUCUCACGAUUGGCUUUCUUUUGCUCCAUCCUAUGCAGAAAACCUCCACAAGAUUGUAAUAUGCUUUUUAAGUUAUUGGAUUUUGUCAUUUGAUGUAAUUUGAAAGAAAAAGAUGCCCCAAGUGCCUGAUCAGAUCUGCUUUGGAGGCUGCACAUAACAAGUGUCAAGAUAAAUAAAAGCAGAGUGGACAUGCACCAAAGGAACUAUUGGAGGGUAAUUUAGUUGGUUCUGAUGUUGGGAUGUUCAGGGAGGGGUGUUAAUGUGCUGGAAGUUCUAUGCAUCUUGCAGUUAUGGAGUUGGAACAAGAAUAUAAGACAGAAAAAGGUAAGAACCCCAGAGGAAGUGUUAGAUGAUACAGGUCAGUUUCCUUUCUUUUCUUUUCUUUAUAGAAGGAAGAGAUGUUUAAUAUGAUAAGGUUGACAGCUUUUUGUAAGUAAUAAUUUCAGUUUUUCAUAUUACUUGACAUCAGUGUUUCAGGGAAACCUCUUAAUAGUUCUUGAAGUACAGAUGCUACAGAUGUGUAUAUACAGUGCAUAACUAAAGAUG